CGCAGCUCUUCCACCCUAUGCACUAGCUGCUUUUUUGCAUAGCCAAACCUGUCUGUUGCAUUGCAGCAUCGAUAGGAGGCCUUGAGGAAGGUACCAGGAGGCCUUGGUGAGGGAUGAUAGGACCCAGCCAGCUGCUGCAGACCUCCCCAGUGCCUUGCAGAGCAUCCUUCCUGCACUGAUCCUGGGCCCCCCAUUCCUGGUGACUACCCCCAUGCCUAAUGCCUGACAAUGGGAUGGAUCUUUGCCUUGCUCUUCUCUUUCCUUUGCGCCCCCAGCUGCUUUGCCUUUAGCUCCCACUUUGACUCUGAUGGAGCGCCACUAAGUGAGCUGUCCUGGCCAUCCUCGCUUGCGGUGGUGGCGGUUUCUUUCUCUGGACUCAUCACUUUCAUAUUCCUCAUGCUGGCCUGUCUGUGCUGCAAGAAGGGGGACAUCGGAUUUAAGGAGCUUGAUAAUGUGGAGGGAGAAGACUACACCACAGAAUUCUCUAUCCAGAGCUCUCCGGCCGCACAGAAUGGACCAGAAGUUUACGUCCUUCCUCUUACAGAAGUAUCGGUGCCGAUGUCGAAGCAGCCGGCAAGAUCAGUACAUCUUCUUAAAUCCACGGACCUGGGACGACAGAGCUUGCUGUACCUGAAGGAGAUUGGGAAUGGCUGGUUUGGCAAGGUGCUGCUCGGGGAGGUGAAUUCUGGCCUCUCCAGUACUCAGGUCGUGGUGAAGGAACUUAAAGUCAGCUCCAGCGUGCAGGAGCAGAUGCUGUUUCUGGAGGAGACACAACCCUUCAGGGUCCUCCAGCACCCCAACCUUCUUCAGUGUCUGGCGCAGUGGGCCGAGAUCACCCCUUAUCUCCUGGUCAUGGAAUUUUGCCCGCUGGGGGAUCUUAAAGGAUAUCUCCAGAGCUGUGCGGCCACAGAGUCCACGUCGCCCGACCCCCUGACCCUGCAGCGCAUGGGCUGUGAAGUUUGCUGCGGGCUCCUUCACCUGCACAAGAAUAACUACACCCACAGUGACCUCGCUCUGCGCAAUUGUCUCCUUUCGGCUGACUUGACUGUGAAGAUAGGCGACUAUGGGCUUUCGCAUUCUAAGUAUCGGGAUGACUACCUUGUGACGUCGGACCAGCUGUGGGUUCCGCUGCGCUGGAUCGCACCUGAGCUCAUUGAUGAAGUACAUGGGAACUUGCUGGUCGUGGAUCAGACCAAGGCCAGUAACAUCUGGUCCCUGGGCGUCACUCUCUGGGAGCUAUUUGAAUUGGGCCGUCAGCCUUAUGACACGUACUCCGAUCGGCAGGUUCUCUGCUAUGUUAUCAAGGAACAGCAGCUCAAGCUACCUAAGCCCCAACUCAAGCAACUCCUCUCGGACCGCUGGUAUGAGGUAAUGCAGUUUUGCUGGCUGCAACCAGAGCAAAGACCCUCAGCCGAGGAGGUGCACCUUCUUCUCUCCUACUUGAGUGUCAAGGGCGCUGGCGAGCUGGAGGAAGAAUUUGAAAAGCGCUGGAACGCCAUGAAACCCAAUGGUGGUGCAGAUAGCGGGGUCCACCAUGACACAGAGCUGUCAUCCUACCCGCUACUGGAGCAUUUCUCCUCUGAUGGAUUUCAUUCUGAUGGGGACGAUGUGUUAACUGUCACUCAAACAAGCCAGGGGCUCAACUUUGAGUAUAAGUGGGAGCGUGGGCGUCAUGAGCAAUAUCCACUGAGUCCUGGUUGCCAACCGUACCAAGACAUGUACUACACCACAAGCUCCGGAGACAGAAUCAGUCUGGGUGUGUCGCCAUCUGGAUAUGAGAAUAAGGACUGCAAUCCUGACUCUCGGCCCCUUGAGUUGGUACCAGUCGUGAGUGCACGCAGUCCAUCAGUGGCAGGGGACUACUACAUCCGUAUUGAGGAACAUCUAGGCGGCAAUGUCCAGCAGGACUACAGCCCACAGCAUGAAGAAUGUGGAGUAAAAGAAGAUUCUGGGACAGAAGAGGAACCCUGUGGUAAUAGUCCUUCUAUAAGCCUUUCUAUGGAGCCCCUUCUGGUACAUGUCGAUGGUCCUGCUGAAGAUACCUGUUGGCUUAGUCAUGACAAAAACCUAACUUCUUGCUCCACUUCUGAAGAUGAGGUAGAUGAACAUCCUGUGGAGGAAAAUGACAGGUUGAAGAAUUUCGUUGACCCUCUUAGAGCUUCACCAUCAUUUAAUCAGUUAUGCCAAGCAAAGCCUGGCGCAGGAGAGAUACCACUGCCAAAUUUUUUAGAAAGUGAGGACACUGGGCCGAUCUGUAUGGAGAGAUUGGAUUCUGUUACGAUUAAUGCUGAAGAUGUCUUGCAGCAAAGUGACUUUCAAGACAUAUCUGAGAGGCCUUCUCAGCUUUCUGUAUUUUCCCCACAUUGGGCAUCAAACAUUUCAUCAAACAAUAAUAUCUCCAGCGAACCCCAGCAACACAGCCCAGGUGUCUGGUGCAACCACCGCUCUGAAGACACCCAGGAUAAUGAGGUACUACCUCCAUAUGGACCUGAAACAUGGCAGGUCAUGGAGACUGGUGAGGGUGACAAUAAUGUGUCAAUAGCUGAAGGAUUACAGGAAGAUUUUUACAAGGCUGAGGAGAAAAUGAUCCAGGAAUAUUCAGAAACUCAGGUCUCACCUGGUCCAUUCUCCCCUGCUGCUGCAGAAAACACACAAGCUAAUACCACUGUAACACACUCCAAUCAUGUCCCCCAUCCUCUAGAGUUUCCAGGCAGUCCAGAUGUAAAUUCGGGUCAAGAAAUGGAUCCUCUUGGGGUAGGUUUGGUGACACAUUGUGAAGUUUCAGAGUCUUCAUGUAACCUCCAAAUCACAGAAGAGGACGACAUAUUUAAUGCUGUAUCUCAUGGUGAAUUGCUGUCUCCAGAUAAAGAGAUAAAGAGCCCAGAGAAGACUGUCCCUAAGGACUUUUACCAGAUGCAGAGUGACAGUGAAGAUGAGGAUACCAUGGAGCUAACUUCAGGGGUGUUUACAGACCUCUCUAGUGAGAGAGGGGAUAUGGCUCCAUCCUUUAGGUCCUUGCAGAAACAGGUGGGGACUCCGGACUCUUUAGAUUCUUUGGAUAUGCCAUCGACAGCCAGCUCCUGUGAGGCAUUUGGCAUGGGAACCUAUGUCCCCUGUGCCCAGCACAAAGCACUGGACAGUGGCUAUGAGACGGAGAACUAUGAGUCUCCAGAGUUUGUUUUGAAAGAACCACAAGACAACAGAGAAACUGAAGUUUAUUACCAGCUCAGUCAGUCCCAGGAACAUAGCCUGGAACCUGGAGAUAUGCCAAUGUCUCGUUCAGUAAGCAGUGAUUUACAAGGACUAGAUGCCAAGAAUCCCUACCGAGAUUCUGCAUAUUUCUCAGACUAUGACUCCUUUAAUCGUGAGGAAGAGGAGGAGGGUGACCGGGGAGAUGAAAGCGAGCCGCAAGAAGUCUCCGAGAGCUCGCUGUGUACUAAACUUGAUAUAGAAACUACUGUGUCAGAUUUAGGAGGGAAAGUCGAGGACUUAAAUGCGGAUCAAGGGGCCAACGGGGAAGGAAGUCUUCCUGAGAUAUCUCUUUCUCCUCUACCUUCUACUGCUAUAAAGGAGGGUUCAUUGCUGGAGCCUCCUCUGAUAGUGAGGGAAGAGUCAGUGGAUGAAGGUUUGGGGUUAGACUGUCAUAAGGAUUCUUCCACUGAGAAAGAAUCUGAUAUAAGUUCAUCCGUAGAGCCAACCCCUUCACACAGGACCUUCACACUGUCUCCUGCACAGCUGUGCCUGACCAAAACAUGCAUGGUCAAGCCAGGUACAGCAGGUAGUAUCACACUGACCACUGGUCUGCAGGCAGAUGACAAGUCAACAGGCAAUAGAGAAGCACUGGGAGCCUCUCAUCUACCCAAAUGCCUUUCUCCUCCACUGAUACGGAAGGAGGGUAGAGUUGGUGACUCCCCAGAUGAUGAUGACGAGGAUGAAGAAAGUGAUGACAGUGACGAGUCUGAUGAAGAACUCCGUUGCUAUAACAUCCAGGAGCACAGUGAAGAGAGCGAGGAAGAACACACUACUAUACCCAUUAUUAUCACAGAUAAUGGGAGCUGUGGGCAUCUCAGAAGCCUCCUCAAGACGCCUAGUUUCUUGCCUCAAGCUGAACCAACAGAGCUGGACAGAAAAAAGAAAGCUGUCUCUUUCUUCGAUGACGUCACAGUCUAUUUAUUCGACCAGGAAAGCCCAACACUGGAGAUACCGGAUCAGGAAUUUCCUGAACUUCCUUCUGUACUGCAGGAGAUGAAUUUUAAAGAGCCCACAGACCAUCUCUUAGGCAGCGGUGAGUUUGAGUGGGAGGAGCCCUUGCCUACUAAACCUGUGAAAUCCUCCUUCAUCACCUCACUCACACCAGUCGUGCUGAACACUGAAGUCGACAGCGCUCCCGAUCCCAUGCCUGUACCCACAGCUGUGCCCAUUCCCGUGCCCGUCCAGAAGCCGCAGCUGCCUGUUCAGUUUUCCAGAUUCAGCGUCUCUCCAACUGCUGUGUCCCGAUUCUCUAUAACCCAAGUGGCCGACCACGCCAUGGGAUCACUGGAAGAAAAAGUGAAGCCUGGACAUCAAGUCUAAUGUAGCAACGAGCUGAUUUUUACUUGGAGGCUUCUGAAGCUCAGGACUGGACAACCCACCACACCAUGGAGCUGUCUGGAGAAAGGUCUUACUGUCUAUUGAUUGCUGCUGUCAAGGAACCUUUCAUCCCCGGAUGCCCGGCGGUGUAUGCAGGUGGCACAUAUUUGUGGUUUGCACCUGUACCAGUGUGUCUGUAGGACCGCGUGUUUGGACUGGUUCAUAUAUGUGCUGAUCUUCUCAUGAAUGUGGGUAUGCAAUGACCACACGUGUACAUAGUGUCACCUACCUAUAUCUUUUGAAUUCCUUUCAUGGAGGCAAUUAAGAUAUACCCAUGACCCGCACAGGCAGCCAUUUUGUGGACUUGACCACUAUUUCACCUGUCACUAGAGGCAGCAAAUUAAAGGCACAAAAUGGCUGCCUCUAGUGAUUGGGGUGUGAUUAUAUUUUAAACUGAGGUUUAGAUGGACUCCCACUAACUCAGACCAUGGAGGAGAAGAAGAAAAAAAAAAUCAUCAAAAGACUAUCCUGAGCCUGGACAGACCCUCCCCACCCCCAAUAAGAC